UCAGUCUUGCCCCCCUGUCGUAAGCGCGUUUGUCUGGCGUCACUGUCGGCGAUUUUCAGUUAAUAAUUAAUAAUAAUAAUAAUAAUAAUAAUAAGUUAUUUAUUUAUUAUUAGUUUGUGUUCUGCGUGUGUAUACGUUGGUGUAUGUUGUGCGGGACCGUUAAUUAAAAAGUGCAUUCGGUAUUAUAUGUAAUAUCAUUAUUAUGCGCCCGACGGUCUUUGGAUACAAUCGAAUUUCGCGUUUACCGUUGUUACGUCGGUUGAUAGCAUUGUCGUAGCGCGAAAGUUGUGUGUAUCUAUUUUGUCGCUGUGUUUUUUUUCUUCAAAUGUGUGCCGUGUACGUGUUUUGUUUUUAUAAUUUAAUUAUUAAUUAAUAUUUAUUGUUGUGAAAGUGUUUUUCGAGUGUUAUUUUUCGUUUGUUUUGGUAGUGUCCCGCGUUUCAAAGUCGUUGGAAUAAUCGGUGCGAAUCGUUCCUCUCACUGGAUUUCGUCAACUUUUAUCAGUUAUUUUGAUGAGUGUCAUAAGUCAUGCAGAAACUUAAAGGUGUAUGUUUGGAAAGUCCGUCAUGCGUCGGCCAAGAACUUUCAGUACCAAUGAGCAGUGAUGGUAGCUGUAGAAACAUAUUCGGACAAGGAAAAGCCUCCAUGAAUAAUAUACAAAAUGCCUCGAUCUGCCCUUACGCACUUUGCAUCGGUCAUCUGAUAAGGCAUGACGACCGAAUCAAACGACCAGCCACUGCGUUCUGCUGGGCUUCUGUAUACCACUCCGAGCGCCCCAAAUCGGUGUGCGUUUAAUAAUUUACCUAAUAACCAUGGCGUCGUCGCUCAAUCGGCGGCUGCCGCUAGCAUGAACCAAGAGUCAAAUGGUUACAGUUAUUUGUCAGAAUACGACAAAGCUAAUAAAAGUGCAAGUUCUACUGCUGUAGUCACUGUGACGAGUAACGUUGUUUCAUCACCGGCUGCUUACAUAUCAUCAGUCUCUGUACCAAAUGGAUGGAAACGAUUGUGCAAUAAAGAAGCUGUAUGCUAUAUAAGCCCUAGCAAUGCGGUUUUGAGUUCGUUGGAUCAGGUCAAAAUUUAUUUAAAAACUCAAGGUACUUGCAAGUGUGGCCUGGAAUGCCCUUUACACAGUGAACAAGUUUUCAAUUUCGACACUACCGUAACGGCAAAGCCUGCUGCUACCACCUGCUUGGACACAAUGACCAAUCUUUGUAGUCACAAGAGGAAAAUGAUGUUCAACAAUGUCGACAGUAGACUGGGUAAAAAUUCAUUUGAUUUGGCCGACAAUCGAAAGAAAAGGAAAAUGUCUAAUAUUCAACAGCAGUUUUCGUCAUUCCCUCCAUACGAGGAAGACAAACCCAUGGAAAAAGAAAACUAUUCACAACAAUCUUCGAUGUCGAAUCAAAUGCAAUGGCCAGACGUUUCGGCCGGACCCAACCAAAUGAGGUUUCUGCCUCAAACGUCAGAGGCGUUGUUGAAUGCUCAAAUGAUGCCAGUGAUGAGUGAAUGUUCACCCAGUAUGAUCAACUCGCACGGAACGGUCAUGCCCUCUAAUCCUCAAAACGCUGCGAUGAUGGCCAAUUCUCAGAAUGUUACAAUGAUGUCGAAUAAUCUUCAAGGAACGGGAACGGCCGCUCCCCAUGGACACUCGAUGCCAAAUAAUCAGGGUUCACAGAUGGAUACAGGGAAUCCUAGACUUUCGCAUUAUUCUAGUAGUAAUAACGUUAAUUACUACAGUACCGAAGUAGGUUACGAACAGUCGUGCCGCAACGGAUUUAGGUAUAAUUCACCUCAAUGUAGAUCUCAUGACACUGCCGAUACUAUGCAACCUAAUGCUUCGUCAUGUCAGCCCCAACAUCAUCAGCAGCAGCAGCAAUAUCAAACCACCGACGACAGCAAUCAGGAAUACUAUCAGAAAAAUAAUGUGUUCCAACGUGAUCAAAACAAUAUGCAAUAUAAUAAUUAUGAUAGCCAAAGAACUCAUAAGAGUUUCAAUUGUUCUAGUCAUUGCGGACAGUAUUGUAAUCCUGCUGAACAAAAUUCUAGUUACGAUAAUCAAAUAAUAAACCAAUUUCAACAGCAGCAGCCGCACACUCAUCCACCCCUAAACGCUCAGUCACACGCUCAGCCACAUCCACAGCUUCAGCUUCAGCCACACCAUCAAGUUAAGCCUCAGCUUCAGUCACAAUCUCAGCUUCAGCCAAACCUUCAAGUUCAGUCUCAGCUUCAGUCCCAGUCUCAGCUUCAGCCAAACCUUCAAGUUCAGCCUCAGCCACAAUCUCAUCUUCAGGGUCAUUCACAUCCACACCCUCAGAUUCAGUUACAACCACAAUCUCACUCUCAGCCACAAUCACUUCCACAGCUUCAGUUGCCUCAGAGGCAAAAUGAUUCUGUGAACGAUCAUCAACAAUACUAUCAACAAAUGUACCACGACCAGAAUAACUACCAUACGGGGUCAUCGUACGUCAAUAGCAAUGGUAACUGUCAGAAAGAAGAAUAUGUAUCGUCGCAGCAAUAUCAAUACAGCGUUCCGUCAACAACCCACCAUCAAUUUCCACAGUGCCAUCACAUAAAUUGUAAUUGUAAAAACAACCUUAAUACCCCAACUAAUUGCAGUAGUAUUCGCACACCCGCCUUGCCCGCUCAAGCGAGACCGCCGACACCCCAGACGAAACAAGUUCAACAGCCACAGUCAACAAACGUCCAGCAAACCAUAGCGAAACCUACACCCGCGCCUGUUCAACCCAAAUCGACUCCACCAUGGCAGUUGAACAAGUUUAAUAACCAACAACAAGUAAACAAUAACAACGUUCAAGAAGCUUCUAAGCAGACAAUUGAAGAUCGAGUACCUCCCGUACAAUCGCACUCGCAUCACAACAAUAAUGUCGUUGCGACAAGAACCGAAGAAAAGACUAUCCGCAAACCUACCGUUAAACAACCGGCGUCCAAGCCUGUAAGUAGUUGUAGUUUUAGUAGGAAAUCGAAAUCGCCGUCGGAAGAACAAAGUUACCCUUCGUUUUUGGAAGAUCCCAGUGGCUAUUUGGCCCAACAAACAGCUUUGUUGAACAACACGAUCAGUACCAAUUCGUUUUCGCCUCUUUCGCCGCCAAUUCGCCAUCAAAAGCUAGAGAAACCCGCCGUCAGAUUCACCACGAACGUGACCACAAUGACCAGUGGACGAACGGUAAGCUGCAACACUGUGACUUCAGUGUUGGCAGGCAAGACCAACACUUCGGUGGUGACGGUGAGCACGGCGGAAGACCAAUCACCGAUCACGGGUCAACCGCAGCAACAUCAGCAACAUUCGGCGGUUGUUAAGUCUCCAUUAGAAAUGGUGCAAAAUGUGGUAAGUGGUAUUCAAUUGCCGCCAGUAUCGUCAUCGUCGGAAAAACAAGACAUUCAACCAAGUCACAUUUUGCUGACCAGCAACGGACAGUUGAUAAUGGCUUCGGCCAAACUGCAAACGCCCGGUACUUCUCAAGUGUUGGUGAACGCUUUGCAAGGCGGUCAGAGCGCUUUACUUCUGCAACCAGGAAACGUCAUGACCGUGGAUCAAAUGCAAGUGCCUCAGCUGACUGUGACCACCGGCAGCGUAGACAAUGGGGCUUUUUCACCGAGGAGUUCCAACUUGUUGUCGUCACCUGAUUGUAAACGCAAGACUUCAAACGGCGGCGGAAAGAAACGUAAGUCUCCUCAAAUCUCGCCCAACCAGGGCAAUGUGAUGUUACACUCUCCUCAACAGAACUACCAUCAGCCUGUCGUCCAGACGUUGAUAUUGCCCAACAAAACAGCACAGUACCAUGGCAACCCACAGCUCAUCACAAACGUACUACAACCGGUCAGUCUGGUGCACAAUCUUCCGGCGAUUCAACAGUUCAUCAUGCCCACCAACCUCGGCGGAGUCGUCAUGACUGACAAUGGCAUUUUGCAAGACGGCGGCGUACAUUUGAACGUGAUCACUCCAUUUGGAAACGCUGGCCAAAACGUUCAACUGCCCGCCGGAAUGGUGUUGAGAACGGCUCCCGCACAGACCCAGCAGAGGCCUCAACAGAGCAACCAGUUUAUUGUCAACAACGUGGGUCAACUGAGUCCGAUUCUGGCCAAUAUAAGUCCGAACCAAUCGCACAACCACAACAGGAAUCAUCAUCAGCCCAAUGAUUUUAUCCACGUCGUACCUUGUUCAGUGCAACAAAACCAAGAGAACAACACAACCGUUGUUCAACAGAACACCACUAUCGUUCAACAGCAAAUGACCAUGGUGUCCGGCCAACAGGGAGGCGGCACUGAUGCCACUUGCAAACAAGGCCAACAUUUCAUUCUGGCUGAUAACAAGCAACAAGGGUUUAUCCUGAGUCCGAAAGACAGCAAACAACAUCAUCACACCGCCGGUACACACUAUAUACUGAACAACGUUAAUUCAGAAAAGAAAACUCAGAGUUUCAUCAUCACUAGUCCGACCGCUGGUGGCGAUAAACAGUUGUGCGGCAAUUUCAUACUGGAGAAAUCCAAUUCUUCAGGAAAUUUCAUCAUAACUACUUCUCCGGACAAGAGCUCUAAGUACGACAAACAUUCAGUGUCCACACAAACUGCAGCCGGUCAGCAGCAACAUCAGAGAGUGUUGCAGAUUUCACCUACGCCCACUUUGCUUGUGGCCACUAGCCGCAACACUUAUGUCGGCAGUCCGCCCGAUACUACGACAUUGAGUCCCGUAAGCGGCCACAGUCCUUCAACUAAGCCGGAGAUGCCGUCGAGUUCGGUUACUGCUGAUUUGGAUUCUGCUCUGUCGCCUUCAUCGACGUUUUCUGAUAUGCAAAAUCGACAGCCCAUGGUGCACUGUAUUUCCAGCAGUAACGUUGUUGACUGGUCUGACAAUUCGGCCGACGAACGCAAGACUACUUCCAGCGCUUCCGGUUCCCCAAACAUGUACACCAUUGAGCAUACAUUUCCCAGAUGAUACGCGAUGAAAACGGCAACAGGAUAUCAAGUCUGGUCGAAAAGAUAAGAUGAUAAUAUUACAGUCCUACGAACAAGGUUUCGCUUUACCAUAAAUAUCACAUAAUUGAGUUCCUAUUGAUUUCUUUAUUGAAUUGUGUCCUUCGGUCCAUUAGGUAUACAGAUAGACGAUUGUGUUGUUAAAAAUUGGCUAACUGUUAACUUGUAAUCCAGUGAUGCAGGUUACGAUUGGCCACAACGGCUUUUACAAUAUGACGACCUAUACUCUGUUCUAAAAGUGAACAUACCCGGUAUGUUCUCUUUUGGAUCAGAGUACAUUUGUAUCGAUAAAUUACGAUCCAGACGAUAGUCGAAUCAGCGAUCACAAAAAGGGCAGACAAAAAGAUACAAAAUGUACAAACUGUCAUGCCCUUUCUGUACUCGGUGAUUUGGUUUGUUGAUAAAUUAAAAAUGUCUAUUAUAAGUGAAAAUAUUAUAUCCGUGUAGAUAUUAUAAAAAAAAUAUUAUCUAUAUAUUUAAAUCGUUGAUAUUUGUAUUAAAACGAUAAAUUUUUAUUCAAGUUAAUGUUAACGAUAGUUUAUAAUCCACGCAACGCGAUAUAAGUUUUUCACUUUUCCGCUUACGUAUUUUAUUAAUUAAAUUUAAACUAAUUUGUCAAAAACAGUCACAUUUAUAUCUUUAACUCUUUCCUAAUAGUUACUUCCUUUUAACCGCCAACUAUAGUAUUAAUAAAUAUUAUAAUAAUGUCAUAAUUACAGUUUGUGUAAACUGCUUGUAUAUACAGUGUUUAGAAUUUUCAUUUGAGAAUAAUAAUCUGUUUUGUUUUUCAAUGCUUUGGUGUUUUGAGAAAAUCAAUUACGAGUGAAGUUAACAAGAACAAUAAUUUAUUGUUCAACAAAAAAUUAAAUCUAAGUUAUAAUUCGAUAAGCAAAUGUAUUUAUGAAACCCCUUUUUAUUAUCUUAUUGUGUGUAAUUGUUUCUCCUUAAUCAUAUACCUUUUUUACUAUUAUUUUAUAUAAGAUAAUAUAAUUUUCAAUCGGAUUAGACACGCCUACAUCACGACGUUUAAGUGUUAAAUUUGCCAAUUUUUUUUUUAUUAGUUAAAUUUACGUGUAUACAAUUUUUUUUCGUCCUUUUUUUAACAUAAUUAUCGUAUACUUAGCAUUUGCCAAACAAAAAUGUAAAUUAAAUUUUCAACAUCAGUAUUUUAAUUAUCAACAUUUUACCACUAAUAUUGUUGUUGAUACUUGAUUGUUUUAUUUUAAUAAUAUUUAUGUUAAUACUACCCAACAAUGUUUAUAAUUAUUAUGUAUUAUUAUGUUGUUUGUGUAAUAUUUUUGUAAGUACUGAAAACUACAAUAAAUUUUAGUUGUAAGCGAUUAAUAAAAUAA